AUGUUCGAUCCUCGUCCGUGGCUGCUUUCCUGCCUAUACACCGCUGCGCUCUUUUUCUCCGUACCUCUAUCGUUGGCUGUCUGGUACAUCAGAAGAGAAUUCAUUCAGGAGACGACAGUUGCCGGCGACGAUCAGCUCGGUGGCCUGUCCGCUAGUUUCAAGAACACCGCACGUCUCGAUUCAGCUGUCGCCAAACGCGACUUUGAAAUCCGCGUUGAUCACUAA